GCGUCAUCAUGACUCCAAAAAUCCCUGCCCAAACGUAAACAACCCGACAUAACUUUAUGAAGCAUUGGCACUGUCAUCAUAAAAUCAUCAAUAGCAACUCAGUAGGUAUAAUGGUCUAUAAUAGCAGGAAUGAUUAAAAAGUAGCUUGAUCUCUUUCGUGGCAUUUUUCGCCAAGUUCCUCAAAGCUUUAUUUUCCACAUACGCCAAGUAUUUCCGAACUCUUUCGAUAUGGACAAAGCACUACAAGCUGGCCUUUCAGCAGAAACUGCCGGUGCCAACGUUCUUCCUACAUCAUACUGCCCAGAACCCAGUUCUCGUGUUGAGUUUCCGAGUCCUCAAAAGCCCGUGAACGCUUCGCAUAUCUGUGUUGGCGCUUGGUCGUGGGGCGACAAGUCUACAUGGCAGUGGGAUGAGAAACAGCUUCCUGAUGUCAUCUUGGCUUGGAAGACGCUAUAUGAAGCUGGUAUCAAUUUUAUAGACACAGCUGAGGCAUACGGUGACGGAGAGAGUGAGAGGAUAAUCGGAGAACUGGUCAAGAACAUUCCUCGUGAAAGCAUUGUUAUCCAGACGAAGUACUUCAGCACUCCUCUGAAGGCUUCCAACUUUAUGCAUCCCGUCGACGCGCCCAUUAAGAGUCUCAAGGCCAGUCUUCAGCGCAUGAACCUCAAUUACGUCGACAUUUACCUAGUCCAUGGCCCAAUUCAUCCGCAAAGCAUCGCCACUAUUGCUGAAGGUAUGGCUCAAUGCGUUGAACAAGGCCUCGCCCAUUCAAUUGGCGUAGCCAACUAUGAUGUUGAAGACGUUCAGAAGAUCAACGACGAGCUUGCAAAGUUCAACAUUCCUCUCGCGACCAAUCAAUGCGAGUAUAACAUCCUACGUCGCUACCCCGAACUCACCGGCAACAUCGAGAAGUGCAAAGCUAGCGGCAUGAUAUUCCAGUCAUAUUCAUCCCUAGCCCAGGGUCGAUUGACUGGCAAGUACACCAAGGAUAACCCGCCGCCCAAGUCACACCGUUUCAGCAGCUAUAAGAUGGAAGACCUCGAGCCUGUACUUGAGACUUUGCAGAGAGUUGCUGAGAGGCGGCGCAAGAGUAUUGCUGCUGUUGCGUUGAACUAUAAUAUCAGCAAAGGGGUCCUGCCCGUUGUUGGAAUCAGGAACGUUGAGCAGGCGAAGUGUGCUAUUGAGGCGCUUGGAUGGAGACUUACGGACAGUGAGAUGGUUGAGAUUGAUAAGGUUAGCAUUAUUGGAGAUAAGACUGUGCUUUGGCAGCAGGGCUAGUCGCUUGGG